GACGCCCGCCACCAACCACCACACCAAGGCCAACGCCAUCCAUAGACGACUACCAGACGGUGAUCAGCCAGGCGGGCACACAUGCCUAUCUGCCGUGCAAUUAUGUUGAAUCAACGAAAGCUGCACGCUUACCUGCUAUUGUCCAUAGUUGCCACUAAUUGCCUACUCCUCACUUACGCUUACCCUCAAAAUGAAGUUUACCAGCGUCAGCGUUUGCAGCAAGUACAACAGUCACAGCAGCAGCAAUCGCCCGUUUAUCGACCGGCGGAAGAGUUCUCUGGCCGCAAGUAUGCCGUGAAACCGAACGCUUCGAAGAAAGUGGCGCUGGAUGAUGUGGAGGAUGAAGGCGACGUAGUCAAUCAGAUAACCGAGACGCCCACCGGCUUUUCGUGGUCCAACAUGCUGUCCACUGUUUUGACGAUGUUCUUCAACGGACCAGCAAACGCGCCCACCAAAUCGGACGAUGUGGAUAACUCAGUCGGUUUCGGCGGAUCACCCUGGGCCAAUGUAAUCUCGAUGGGCUUAAAGAUCAUCAACACACUGCUGGGUGGUGGCGCUCCCAGCGACGGUAUCGACAAGGUAGACAAUGGUGGCUCACCAAUGCAGAACAUCUUAGCUGCUGUGCUGUCAUCAGUGCUUGGCACCAGAGAUCCCGAUCAAGUCAAUUCGAUGGCGAAACAAGCUGGAGAGUUCAUUCAAAUCGUGAUGAAUCUGUUGGACGCACUGAAGACUUCAUUCUCGCAUCGGUCGUUGACCGCCCGUUCGAUGGGCAAGCGCGAUUCAGUGAGUGACGCCACCGUUGCCGGUCUCUCGCUGUUGAAGGGCUACGUGCGCACCUACCGCAACGCGGACGACAAGUGCAUGCAGCGCUACAUUUGCGAGGCCAACACGGAAUGCGUGCGUGAAAUCGGCGGCGCAAGCAUCUUCUGCCAACUGGGAUCGUACGCGACCAGCUACUUCCUGGAUCGCACCAGCGAUGGGCACUUCGAGCAAUUGUACGACGCCGGGCGUAGAGGGCGUUCCGGUUACGACUGUCAACAACUGUUUCUUGAGUGCAAUGAGGUUUAGAA